UGAUUGCGCGAACAGAGAAGAAUUUUCGUUUUUGUUUUUGGUGAUGAGGAACGAAAUUCGGAAAUCGGAGUGACUCACAAUCACAAUUUGUAAAAUUAAAUCAUUGGUGAUUAGUGGGAGUUGAGUUGGACGUUAGUUAUUAGUGACUUAGAAGCAACUCAAUACUGGUUCGUUGGUGGACACGAAAUUUGGACACAGGGUGAAAUCUGGAGUUGCUGACAUUUGCUGUCAUCUCAUCAUGACAAAUUUAGACGGAAUGACGGCUUCCGAACUUCGUGAGAAAUUAUUGGAGCACGGACACGACAUCCCCUCCUCGAUUAGUAAAGACUUUAUGGUGAAAACGUUGAAGAAAGCGAUGGAAGAAAAGAAAAAGACUUCGACAACGGCUGGACCUCAAUCGACGGGAAAUGUGACUAGUGGUCGGAAGACUCCGCCAAGAAAUGUAGACCCACCACGAGCAGUCGUUCGCCCUACUGCUCCAGAGAUAUCUGCCCCCACCACCACGCCACCUCGAACUACAAGGAUGUCAACUUCUCGAAAUAAUGCGAGGCAAUCUGUUGGUGGGGUGGUGUCUAACAGUGACCUGCCGAAUGAACCACUACGUCGAAGUACUCCGGCACGAAGGGGAGGGUUAAAAGCCACUCGCCAUUCUAUUUCAAAUAUUCCACCGGUGAGGGUGAGGACGCCGCCGAGGACUAUUGUUUCAUCAUCCAGACGAGAGGUGUAUCAAGAAGACGAUAACGAAGAAGAUGACGAAGAACCAAUGUCACAAGACAGCAGCGCUGUCGGAUUCUGGUCGCAACAGCAACAACAACCGACACAGCAAAUUCCGACAAGAUCAUCCCUUCGUCCCUCACCUCUCAAACGUGCAAGACCAAGUGACAGUCCGAACCACCAAACGCAUUCUUUAUUUGGAAAUGCUACCACAGAGGCAUUAAUGUCAUCUAUGGACUCGUCAGGAUUUGUGAAAAGGCAAUCUUCAACUAUAAGUUAUUCGAGUCCGUCAACCACUUCGAAAGGAAGGUUCGGACUUAUUGUGAACGGGAGAAAGAUACAAACUGAUUGUAUUCCGAAUGACGAGUUGAAUCCAGGCAAAUUCAUAUUCAAUAUUCCAGACGCGGAUUCCGUAAAGAUUAUUGUGGUAUUUCUACCUGAAAGUGAACAGUUCACUCCUGGUACUGCGGGACAAAUCUACUUUGGCUGGCCUGACGAACGAAACGAGAUCAAAUGGCAUAUGCUGGGACAUAUUUCAAAUAUUCGGCCCUCUGCCAUCUUCGAUAUUAGUGAUUUUAAGCAAGCCAUCGUCCCCGCCGCUGGAAAUUCACGUUUUUCUUUCGGAGUCUUUGCUUCUGGAAACAACAAUACCCGACGUUUAAGCGGACCCACUAAUGCACAGAUCGGAAUAUCAAUAGAAUCCUUACAAGUCGUCGCAUCAUCAACGCAUCCUCAAGUGCAACUCUAAACCCCAUAAAUUUCGAAUACCCUCAUAAAUCAAGAAACCUAAACCUUCUAGGAAUACUAAAUUUCAGCCUUAAAUCUAAUCCAACGUUGUAUAUUCAAAUUAUCGAACUGAAGACAGUGCUAUAAAUAACUUAACUUAAUUAAAAUAUCAUUCAAAUUUACUGUAUUAUUGUUAACAUAAUAAAGACCUGUAUAUAAAAAAAUAAGGUCAGGAUUUGGUACUCAAA